AUGAGAAGCCACAUUGAUCAGAAAAGGCCGAUUAGGGGAAUGGAAGAUGAUGUUAUAUGGAGACAAUCAGGCAACCCGUGCUAUCCUAUGAAGUCUAUCACAGAAUCAAUGUAUGAAGGGUCUACAUCCUCGUUACCCAGACCUAUAACAAGCUUUGUAUGGCAGAAAUUCAUACCACCGAGAGCACAAUUAUAUGUUUGGUUGACCAACCUUGGUAAGCUUAGUACUGGUGAUUUUCUACUAGAAAAAGGUAUCAUUGAGCCCCAUCGCGCCCUAUGCCCCUUCUGCAAUCUACAUACAGAAUCAAAGUCUCACGUGAUAUUUACAUGCGAUUUCUCUUGGCGCUCUUGGAUGCAUAUGUUGGAAUGGUGGGGCCUCUCAGGUACGCUGCAUAAUCAGGGUAUAUUCUUUACCAUGCAAUGGAUGGGCCUAGUGAACCACAAAAAACGGAUAAAAUUAUGGGGGCUUAUCCUAGGCUGCCUCAUUUGGUCGCUGUGGUUCGAAAGGAAUAGAAUUAAGUUUGAAAAUGCUUCACCGAAUAUAAAUAAUUUUGUUCACUUGACAAAGAUCAGGAUUGGAAUAUGGGCUAAAGAAAUAGGAGGUUUCUCUGCAUGGUCGGCUGAAGAUAUUUCAGUUUCUACAAACGUGUGCAUAGCCCAUCCCUAUGCUGUUUCUGGGUGGCCUGUUUCUUCGGUCCCCACUUCCUAUGGCUUUUUCCCCUUCCCUGGGGGGUUUUUAUGCCGGAUGUCGCGGUGUGGCUGA